CCACUAUCUAACUAUCUCUCUCCCGGGCUGUUCUUUCUCCCCCCGACCUCCGUUAUUCACAUCUUCUCCCCUGCAUCCCAUCCACUAUUAUUCUACAUUCGUCUUCUAUUGCAGCCUCUGUGUCAUCUUCAACACACCCCUCCCGCAUCAUUUGCACACGCCGCUCAUGGACACUCAGGCUGAACCCCCUCGCAAAAGACGAUGUGGCAAGGAGCGAGUGCGCGUGACCCGCGCCUGCGACGCCUGCAAACGAAAGAAACUACGCUGCUCAGGAACGCUUCCCUGUUUCCUCUGUCAGCGCACUAGCAAACCCUGCGACUACACGGCCGAGUACAACCGGGGGAAACUCCCUCCCAUUCCCCCUCGGGAACAGCCCAAUACUCCUCCCAGGACGGAGACUACCACGGAGUUCCCCCUCGAAUCAUCAGCCUCGCCAGUCAGAGAGAACGGCUUUGCGAACGAGGCUCCCUCCCGCGGCUCUCCUGAGGCACAUCAGACCGAUAUGGAAGGUCACUAUGUAGGGCCGUCGUCGGGGGUUUCCUUUCUGAUUCGAGCCCAGAAGAGACUGCAAGAGCAGAUCUCCCUCCCGAUCAAUGCCCCUAUCUUCAGCUUUGGUGACGCCCCGUUGUCGAAGCUGGACCCGGCUUUUCUCCUGCUGCCGCCUCGAUUUGAAGCCGAUAUCCUCAUUGCUCGAUACUUUGAUUUCGCCUUCCCGACCCACCGCUUUCUCCAUCAGGCCCAGGUGGAGGGAUGGGUCUCCGAGUUCUAUGGUCCCCUCCAGGACUCGGCGGUGGCGGGGCCUGGCAAGCGCGCCAUUCGGGCCUUGGUUUUGAUGGUCCUGGCUCACGCGAAGCAAUGUUUACCAGAGUCAGAUCAAGGGAUCGGGGCGUCGGUCAACGGCACCCUCUACCUGGCGGCAGCGGAGCAUCAUCUGGCUGCCGAGACUGGCCCGGUGCGCUUGACGAGUGUGCAGGCCCGCUUGGCCCAGUGCUUCUACCUCCUGUCGCAAUCUCGCAUCAAUCAUUGUUGGAGUCUGUUCGGGACGACCGCCCGCCUGGCCAUCGCCAUUGGCCUUCAUCGGGCUCGCAGGAGAGACCGGGGGUCUGGCUUCGAUUACGUGGAGGGGGAGUGCCGAAAACGCGUCUUCUGGUGUGCGUAUAGUCUCGACAACUAUCUCAGUGCCGCUCUGGGCCGUCCGCGCAUCUUUCAUGACGACGACAUUGACCAGGAGCUCCCCUCGGUCGCAAAUGACAGCCACAUUCUAGCCGACCAGAUCCUCCCGGCGACGACAUCAGCCCAGAGCAUUAUGCUGGCCCCCGUCUAUCAUGCCAAGCUGUCCGUCAUUAUUGGGGGGGUCUUACAUGAUGUCUACGGGCCCCGGCGGGCCAGUGGGCAGGUGGAAGCGGCAGCGGCCGCCAAAUACGGGGCCAGUCUGUCUCGCUGGCGUCAGGAGCUAUCGGGAUUCCUCGAUGUGGCAAACGUUGAUCUGCUCAUGCUGACCUACCAACGACAGUAUACCGUUCUCAAUCUCGCUUUUUACCAUGCGCAGGUCCUCCUAUACCGACCCUUCAUUCUGAAAGACUUUGGUCACUCCACCGUCACCCGUCCUCAGAAUGACAAAUCAUUGGAAUCGGUCCGAAAGUACACUGGACUGUGCCUGGAGGCUGCCAUGAAGAUCGCGGCAAUCGUCCGUGAGUUAUGCGACCGGGGCAGAAUGUAUUCUACCUUCUGGUUUACCCAUUACUACACAUUUUCCGCGAUUGUGGUUCUCUACGUCCAUGUGGUCCAGGGCUCUACACAGGUGGACCGACCGGACCGACUGGACUGGUAUCUUCGGAUUGCUGAGCAAGCCCAGCGGGAUCUCGCCUUCUGCGGCUCGCGCUCUUCGUUUGCACAGCGCUACGUGCUAGUGCUCGAGGAACUUCGACAAGAAGCUCGAACAGCGAUCAACCAUACUCGGUCGGGAGUUUUAGGAAGCCAGACUGUCUUCUCAUCUGCCCUGGGCCCACCUCCAUCACAGCACGGACAUGGCAGCUCCGCACCCCAUGGAGCUGCAAAAGCCAGUGUGGGCGAAGCCUUGUUCGGCCUCCAACCUCUGCAGACCGGAGCAAGACCUGCGGACAACCAGUGGAUGGACCUGACCUCCGUGCACCUCCACCCGCAGCCCUCUCACGCAAACCCUGUGAACGAUGGACUUGGUGGGACAGGGAUCAUGAAUGUUUCUGACUGGGAAGCCUUGGACUCGCUAGCCGUUGCUGGACUAGGGGAGCUGGACUAUCUCUUUCCUUUGGAUGGCUUCCAAGAUGUCUAGCUUCUAACCAAGCAGACUACGAACCCUCAAUCAAUUUUAGGCUUCCGACGACUGG